CCAUAUUUAAUUUUGCGCUUGCACGCUGAGGUCGUUCAUUUAGUUUCGUGACGCCAUUGUAGUUGCUUCUUGAGGUGGAUUGUGAAAAUACAUUAUAUUUGUGUACGGUGGUGAAGUUGUUAUAAAUAUAAAUCAAGAUGAGUUACGGAAGGCCGCCGCCGCGUAUCGACGGCAUGGUGUCGUUGAAAGUGGACAAUCUUACGUACCGCACAACGCCUGAAGAUUUGCGGCGUGUGUUCGAAAGAUGUGGUGAAGUUGGUGAUAUCUACAUACCCAGAGAUCGGUACACCAGAGAAAGCAGAGGAUUUGCUUUCGUCAGAUUCUACGAUCGUCGUGAUGCUGAAGAAGCUUUGGACUCUCUUGACGGACGAAUGCUUGAUGGCAGGGAGCUCCGUGUUCAGAUGGCUCGAUACGGACGUCCCUCUUCUCCAUACCGGAGCCGCUACGACCGUCGUCGCAGCAAUUCGCGUUCACGGUCUCGUUCACGUCGUCGAUCCAGGUCUCGUUCCCGCUCCCGAAGGCGGUCACGCUCUUACAGCCGCAGCCGAUCUCGCUCUCGCAGCCGUUCUGACUCUAAGAGCUCUCGUGGACGCUCCCGCAGCCGUUCCCGCUCACGAUCACGCUCUAGGCAUUGAAAUGCUGAGUUGAGAGUACCAGCUGUGAGCUGAAGUGCUGUGCCACAUGUCUCUGAGCAGACUUCAGCCAAGGUACUAAAACUCAUCAGUUACUCAUAAGCCAUCCACAGACCUAACUAUGAUCAACAUAGUGGCAAAACAUGCAACGUAACAAAUUAUAUUUUAAGUUCCCUUACUUUAACAUAGGCUAACUGCAUAAUGUAAGAAUUGUAUCUUUGGACAUUUUCACAUCUUUACUUUUUGUUUGUAUAGAUUUCCAUUAAAUUCUAAAGCAUAUCUUUGAAUAUGAAUUACUAAAUACAAUAAACUGAAUUUAGUUUAUUUCUUAUUUAUGUCAAAAUACUUUUGUUGUAUCUUUUUUUUUUACCGAAUAUUAUGUUAAGAGAUGUGUCAUUGUAAAAUUAUUCAGUCACUUGUAUUUGAGUCUUCAUAUUGUAAUACAUUAGUAUUGUAUUUUUAUUAAUCAGUACUAGGUUUAUGGCCAAUGUGGUCUAAGAUAUUAUUUCAGGUUAAUAAAACAAAAUAUCUGGAAGAUCAUUGUACCCACCACAAGUGAUUAUUGGGCUAAAUUGGGCAUUAAUGUGGGACAUCAUCAUUCAUGAUUCUUGGUAAAUAACUUGUAAGAAUGUGAUGCCUGGAGUCUUUAGUAUCUAUACUGUAUACCUAUAUGUACUAUCUUUAACAUUGUCAAUAACCACUAUUAUCAUAAGUAGUAGGCCUUUGCUUAUCAACCUGAACCUUUUGCUCACUAUUUUCAGUCUGUAUCUGAAUGUUUUCAAGUUUUUCAAAAUGUUUGGAAUCCAUUUUCUAUACAGAGACUUCCAUUAGUGACUGAAAGGUUGCAAUGGCUUUUUAGAUACGUGUUUAUAAUCAACUGUAGAGCAUGCGGCCUAUUACUUACGACUUUUACUCUUAAGUACAGCAUUUUUGCAAAUAUUGUAACUGUAUAACUGAUUCUAUAAUAUUAAUCGAAAUGUUGGUAUGCUCAGGGCGUGGAGUACGCGGGGAGCGAGGCUGUAUGCGGGGAGGGUGGGUUUGCUGUUUGCUGACAACUGCUGAAUUGCUGUUGUUGCCGUACAUAAGUUAUGAGUAAACUUUUAUAUUUAUUGACAAACCGAGACUCGCAUAAAGUAGGUAAACAUACGACUUUUCUUAACACGUAGAUUGGGAGUAUUUUUUACACUCGGCACAUAGGGAGGUACAUCGCGCCCUUAUCUAAACGUAAAUUCAUUUCAUAUAUCCUUAACGCUGUCUCCAAAUACUUAUCGACUGAUACAAACUUAGCACAAAACAUUUUACUAGGGGACUUCGACGUCAUUGCGUCACAAAACCAGGAAAUAAACGCGUGACGUAGGUGGCGGCCGGCAGACCAGCAGACUGCAACUAAUAUACUCGUUUGUUUGGCAGGCCGGUGCUGCACGCUGGCCUGUUUGCUGUGGCAGUAUCCUGUGCUGAUUUGCAGAUUCGCAUGCGGCUAGGUUUAUCGGUAAAAUGGAACGCCCUCCCUGCCUCUCCGGUUAACGAGCGAUCUAAGUACAUGAUACGGCUUAUAUAUUUUUUUUUAUUUAGCACUAGGAUCACUCGUUGCUAUAUUGAAGGAAUGCUUGACUGUACCACUUGAUAACUUGAAGAUUGAGGCAACAUCAUCUAAGAUGAAGACGUCUAGCACUGGAUUUAAGUAGGUUUUGUCGGAAAUAAAUUAAUUAGGAUUAAA